CAGGGCCCCAUGGUAUCUGUUCUCUCACACCCUAGAAUAGCUCAUUCGCUGGAAGAGACUGACUAGGAAGACCCAUGAUCAAGAGACACAUUCCCUAGAUCACUUUCAAAAGACUCAGAACCUACUGCCUAAUCAUGAGCUCACCACCUAUCCAGUCUGUGGAGGAUCCCACUGAAGAAGAUGUACAGGAGAAAGUAAAGCAACUUAAAUCUACCCCCCCACCACGGAGCAAACUGGAGGCAUUCCUGAGGAAGGAACUAGAAUUCCUGGGGGCAGCUCAGACCAUGAUUGGCCUUAUCUGCUGCUUCUUUGGAGUAACUCAUGAAUUCAUUCUGGAUUUUCUGAAACCUAAGAAGGACCUUUUCUCAGCCUCUUACAUGGGCUAUCCAAUAUGGGGAGGAUUACUGUUCACCAUUUCUGGAUCUCUGUUGAUUGCAUCUGAAAGAAAAGGCGCCAAGUAUCUGAUACAAAGCAGCCUGGUGAUGGCCGUUCUCAGUUCUGUGGUCGCAGGGAUUGGGAUAAAGAUUGUCUGGUCCAAUCUGAAGCAAACAUCUUCUAUUUUUCAAAAAUGCCAGAAUCAACAAAUUGGAGAAUUUUGCUUUGCAGUUACUUUUUUAACUGAGACUGCAAUCAUGGUCUUAUUCCUCACUGUCCUGGAGCUGGGCAUUGGUAUAUUACUCUCUGUCAAUGAACUAAUUGGAAAAAUAGUGGAAAUAUGGAUUGCAAAGCAUCACAAAACUUACCAAGAAGCUCUUUAUGAAGAAUUAGCCAUCUAUGACCCAGUUGCUGAAAACAUAGAGCUACAGAGAGACACAAGAACGGAAUCCAGGGAGUCACUUCAAUCAAGAAUAUAUCAAUUACCAGAAGAGCUCCAGAAAACUUAAUCCUAGAGACCGACAAAUGUUUUAAGAGCAUGGUACAGUGUAAAGGUUGAUUGACUUGGACUCAGUACCCGGGUUUGACUUCUGCCUCUGUCUUUUACUUUCUGUAUGACUUUAGUCAAGUGACAACUUCUCUACUCCUCAAUAGUUUCAUUUGUGUAUGACUCUUUGUGACUCCUUUUGGGAUGUUCUUGGCACAGAUACUGGAGUGAUUUGUCAUUUCUU